CUUGGGUUUGAGGUCGAAGCAAGAACAUGGGGCAAGGACAGAGCGGGCUCCCUGGGAGCAAGAAGGGCGACAAGAAGGACGAGCCGCCGAAGAAGAAGAAGUUCGAACCCCGAGGGGGAGCUAUUACCCGCAAGCGCAAAAAGAAGAAGGGCCCGUCGGCAGCCACGCGCAUUCCGGCGGUGUUCCCGACCGCAAAAUGCAAGCUUCGUUUGCUCAAGCUGGAGCGCAUCAAGGAUUUCUUGCUGAUGGAGGAGGAAUUCAUCAAGAACCAAGAAGUGAUGAAGCCGAAACAAGAGAAGGACGAAGAGGAACGCUCCAAGGUCGACGACCUGCGCGGGACGCCUAUGGGGGUAGGCACCCUUGAAGAAAUGAUCGACGACAACCACGCGAUCGUGUCGUCGAGCGUCGGGCCCGAGUACUACGUAAGCGUCAUGUCGUUCGUGAACCAAGAUCUGCUUGAAGCCGGGUGUUCCGUGUUGCUCCACAACAAGGUCAUGGCGGUCGUGGGGAUCUUGUCCAACGACACCGACCCAAUGGUGAGCGUGAUGAAGGUCGACAAGGCGCCGCUGGAAUCGUACGCGGACAUUGGGGGGUUGGAUCAACAGAUCCAAGAAAUCAAAGAAGCCGUGGAAUUGCCGCUCACCCAUCCCGAACUGUACGAAGGCAUCGGGAUCAAACCCCCGAAAGGCGUCAUCUUGUACGGCGAGCCCGGCACGGGCAAGACGCUCCUAGCCAAAGCAGUGGCGAACCAAACGUCUGCUACGUUUUUGCGCGUGGUCGGGUCCGAGCUAAUUCAAAAGUACUUGGGCGACGGCCCCAAGCUCGUGCGCGAAAUGUUCCGCGUCGCCGACGACCACGCGCCAUCCAUUGUGUUUAUCGACGAAAUCGACGCCGUCGGAAGCAAGCGGUACGACUCGAGCAGCGGCGGCACCCGUGAGAUCCAACGAACGAUGUUGGAGCUGCUGAAUCAGUUGGACGGGUUUGACGAACGUGGCGAUGUCAAGGUGAUCAUGGCGACAAACUCGAUCGAAAGCCUGGACCCGGCGUUGAUCCGCCCCGGACGCAUUGAUCGGAAGAUUGAGUUUCCGCUGCCGGACGUCAAGACGAAGCGCCGCAUCUUUUCCAUCCACACGAGCCGCAUGAGUCUGGCGGAAGACGUGGACUUGGAAGAGUUUAUCAUGUCCAAGGACGAACUCUCGGGCGCCGACAUCAAAGCCGUGUGCACCGAAUCGGGACUCCUUGCGCUCCGCGAACGCCGCAUGCGCGUGACGCAGACGGAUUUCAGAAAAGCCAAGGAAAAGGCGCUGUACAAGAAGAAGGCCAACAUCCCCGAAGGCUUGUACUUGUAAUGGACGACAGACACCAUGAAUGAAUGAAGUCGAGUUGACGAGGUUUGGUUCAUGCGACCGCAGGAUGGACGAUGGAAUGUGCAAUGCCUAUCGCCCACGACAGGUCCUUGUACACAUGGAGAAUGUUCAAUGGACAUACUAGUAUUGCAUUGUCCUGGCAUGUGCUGGAGUGCUCGGGGUCACCAUGUUGGUGGUGGCAGCUGGAGG